GUAGACACGAUCUCGUCGCUCGGUUAAACUCGACGCGCCUAUAUCUAGUCCAUCUUCCAGCAAACUGAAAUAAGAUCCUGUGGGAUGUAAUGUGGGAGGAUUGAGAUUGAAACAGACAAAACAAAAAAGGCCAAUAACAAUUUGCAAUCGCUCCUCAUUUGCCUAUGAGCUAAUUCUGUCCCGAACCGACAGAGCUGUUCGAACGUGCCUGCAGUAUAGUCGUGAUUAACUAUUGGUUCGUGUUCCGCCCGCUUCUUGGCAAUCAAUUCUAAGUGUAGCGAAAAUCAAGAUGAACGUUUAUCUAGUGCUAUUGCCGAUUGCACUCUGUCUUUGCAGUUUGCAAACGAUAGAAGCUGAUCAACCGGUUCGAAAGUUUGACAUCGACUUCCAAAAUGAUACCUUCACGAAAGAUGGCCAACCGUUCCAGUUUAUCUCCGGUUCGUUUCAUUACUUCCGAGCGCUACCGCAAUCAUGGCGUCACAUCUUGCGAUCGAUGAGGGCGGCUGGAUUGAACACAGUAAUGACCUACAUUGAAUGGUCACUAUACGAACCGAUGCCGGGUCAGUACCAAUGGGAAGGCAUCGCCAAUCUGGAGGAAUUCAUCGAGACAGCGAGAAGUGAAAAUCUGUUUGUCAUUCUGCGUCCCGGACCAUACAUCUGUGCGGAACGGGAUAUGGGAGGGUUCCCACACUGGUUGCUCACCAAGUAUCCUACAAUCAAACUGCGAACUUACGACGGAGACUAUUUGAGGGAAGUUCAAACUUGGUACAAUCAGCUCAUGCCACGCAUUGUACCUCAUCUGUACGGCAACGGUGGUCCCGUGAUUAUGGUGUCCGUUGAAAAUGAAUACGGGUCCUUCCAUGCCUGCGACGGGAAAUAUAUGGAGUUCUUGAAAAAUUUAACCGUUCACUUCGUGGAGGAUAAAGCCGUACUGUUUACUAACGAUGGACCGGAGCUUUUAAAGUGUGGCUCCAUCCCCGGAAUUCUACCGACGCUGGAUUUUGGAAUCACCAACAAUCCGAACGCAUUCUGGCAACAAUUGCGCAAGUUUUUGCCCAAAGGACCGCUCGUUAAUGCUGAGUAUUACCCUGGCUGGUUAACACACUGGAUGGAACCAACGGCGCGUGUCGAUGCAGGAAUGGUAGUGAACACGCUGAAGAUCAUGCUCAACCAGAAGGUAAACGUGAACUUUUACAUGUUUUUCGGUGGAACCAAUUUUGGAUUUACUGCCGGGGCAAAUGAUGUUGGACCCGGUAAGUACAGUGCGGAUAUAACGUCCUACGACUACGAUGCACCGUUGGAUGAGGCUGGAGAUCCAACGGCAAAAUAUUUUGCAAUCCGGAAAGUGUUGCUUGAGUACUUUGGUGAUCCUGGUGUGCCAGCACCGGAGAAAUUGCCCAAAAUGACACUUGACACGGUAUGGCUGGAACGGCGUGGAUCAAUGAUAUCGAAACACGGCCGAACAAUGCUGUCGAACCGAAUUGUUGCUGCCGUUCAACCUGUUUCUUUUGAAGCCCUCAAUCAACAUUCUGGUUUUCUGCUGUACGAAACGACGCUACCGGCUGGAUUGAAUCGAGAUCCGUUCACACUGAAGGUGCAACAUCUCCACGAUCGUGCUUAUGUGCAUGUCGAUGGGACAUUCUACGGUAUACUGUCGCGUGAAACCAACGUUGAUACGAUUCCGUUGAGUGUCGGGCUGGGCACAAAGCUUCAGCUCCUGGUAGAAAGUCAGGGUCGCAUUAAUUACAACAUUCCGAACGACUUUAAGGGUAUUUUGGGAUCGGUGACGGUCGAUGCCAAACCCCUAUACAACUGGACUAUCACAUCAUUCCCACUGGACAGCUAUCGCUAUCUCGAGAACUUUUUGUCCCAACAACCCACAGAGAAGGAAGAUCUAGUUGGGGCUGGAGCACAAAUUUACUACGGCACGUUUAUGAUCAAUACCGACACAAUCUAUGAUACCUAUCUGUACCCCAGUGCGUGGGGUAAAGGAUUAGUGUUCGUUAAUGGUUUCAACCUGGGUCGCUAUUGGCCAUUGGCUGGACCUCAAAUAACUCUCUAUGUGCCGAGACAUAUUCUGAAGAAAGGCAACAACCAGCUAGUCAUGAUCGAGUACCAGCAGCACAUCCAGCAUCCGUACGUGCAGUUCAUUGAUAAGCCAAUAUUUACUUAAAGCACAACCUUACUUGUAACGACAGACAGAGUCCUUCCUUACUACAGAGUGGAACAACUAUUAAGUUGCUUCCUCGAACUUUGAGCAAAACAGAUUUUUUCAAAUCUUUGAAAGAAGAUCAAAGGCCACGCUAAACAACGAUCAUUAAUUUGAAUAAAUUUUAUAUUUAAAGUA